UCCACUCUUCCCCACAAAGGGCAGCCACAUCGCGGAAGCAGGAUGGCCGACCAAGUCCCGCGGCGUCCGAGUCCGUCCAUUGGCAUCCACAGGGACUCGCAGCCCCAUGGACAACAGAAAAGCCCACAGCCCCAGCGGCGCAUGUCAGAUCAUGUGUAUCCCCAUCAUCAUGUAGGUCGACGAGGCGUCGACGAUGGCAAUGUCAACACGUUGGACGUCGACAUGGGAUAUGGUAGUGACGGCGGUAGUAGCACCAACGGCAGUCAUCACAGAAAUCAGCCACCCCUCAACUUACAGCAACACGUCGGCCGUUUGCCGUUCUCCCUCGUCACCCCGCCACCAGCACCAUCGUCGUCGUCUGAGGGGAUAUCGCAGUCCAACAUGUAUCGGUCUCCAACCGACCAACGGCACCCAGCACAUCAACAACUCAACAGUUUCAAGCUCGAUCCCGUCACGAACGGAAACCUGAACCUGAACCUGACCAUGAACAUGGACAUGUAUGCGAUGAACGUGAUUGAAGAAGGUCGGCGAGUCGUCCGCGAAUUCCUCAAGUCGGCCAAGUGCUACGACGUGAUCAAGAACAGCGGCAAAGUCGUCGUGUUCGACGUCAAAAUUCCCGUCAACUUGGCGUUCUUCGCGCUGGUGGAGCACCACAUCAAGUCGGUGCCGUUGUGGGAUGCCGACCAAGGCCGAUUCGUCGGGAUGUUCACUGCGACGGACUUUGUCAACAUUUUGCGGCAUUUUUACCCGCGGGGGUCCAUGGCGUCAGUGGCCGACUACAGCAUCGCGUCGUGGAAGCACAUGAGCGCUGCGCUGCAUCUGUCGCCGCCCGAGUUUGACGUUUCGCAAAUGAUUCACAUCUCGCCGGAAGCGAGUCUCUUUGACGCGUGUGUGUCGCUGCAGCACCACCGACUACAUCGACUGGCGGUGCUCGACACAAACCAGAACUUGGUGCUGUCCAUCGUCACCCAUGCAGGCAUCUUGGAGUAUUUGGUGUCGACCUUUCGAGAACAGCGCCGACUGUUCGACCAGAGCAUCGCCGACCUCGGCAUUGGUACAUUCACGAAUCUCGUGACGAUUCCCGAAGAUACGCCGCUGAUUCACGUUCUCCACGCUCUCAUGGAGCGACGGAUAUCGGCCGUCCCGAUCGUGGAUGCCGCCGGCGCCGUCAUGUACCUCUACUCUGUGUCCGAUGUGACGGAACUAGUGAAGGAUCGGGCGCUGUCGCAGUUAGAUGCCCCCGUGGGCGAGAUUUUGCGGGUUCAGAUGGCCGAGGGCGUCCUCGGCGACAACUUGCACUUUUGUUCGACCCACGACACGCUCCACAUGAUGUUUGAAAAGUUUGCCGCGACCAAAGCACACCACUUGGUGUGUGUGGACGAGAGCAGCCGGUGUGUCGGGAUAGUAGCGCUCAGCGACCUCUUCAACUACUUCCUGCAAUAAUAUACAGAUCCUGGCACAUGACAUGAACUGCCUAGGGAUGUCAUGGGGCGCUCGAUGCGAUGCUUUCUUGGACACCGACGUCGGUGGUCGUUGCUAGCGGAAAAGACCCAUCAUCUGCGGCUGUUUCAACCAAACUCGUUGUGAUUGAUGCCACAGCAGGGAAGCUUCUGUGACAUGGUCGAUGCACUUGAGUAACAUGGGACUUGAGCAAGGGGGGGAUGGACUGAAGAGGUCCGAG